GAUAAUGAUUUCUAUUGCGAUUUGCGGGUGUAUUUUUGCGGCUAGAUAUUUGUUUUGUGUUUAUAAAAAUUGAAAAUGCUACUAAUGUUCAUCCCUUUUCUCUAAAGCGGUAAAAUAUAUUUGUAUAAACACUCAAAGAUUCAUCCUGGCGACUUGUAAUUACUUGGAAAAAUAGAUGGCUAACGACAGGGAGGUUCUUCGAGAGAUAUGGGAUGGGAAACUACCUAUCUGUUUUCAACUUAAUCCUGAGGAGGUGACGGAGGUUCAACAGCCAGAUCCAUUUUACGUUAUGGUUCCCAGGCUAAGCUACUUUCCACUAGUUAUAGACAAGAUGAAAAGACACUUUCUACGCUUUAUUUCCCAAGAAAAUGCCGAUAGUGAAAUGUGGCUAGACUAUAAUGGACAACCAUUAAAAUGGCACUAUCCAAUUGGCUUCUUAUAUGAUCUAUAUUGUGGCAUCGAUCCUCAACUUCCAUGGACUUUGACUGUCCACUUCACGAAAUUUCCUGAAAAUAUUCUUCUUCACUGUACAAAUAAGGAUGUGGUUGAAGCCCACUAUAUGGCAACAGUGAAGGAGGCUGAUGUACUUAAACACAGGGGCCAGGUGAUGUCCACUAUGCAGAAGAAAGAUCAUAACCAAUUAUGGCUUGGACUGCAAAAUGACAAGUUUGAACAGUUUUGGGCAAUAAAUAGACGACUGAUGGAAUCUCACGGAGACAAUGAGGGGUUCAAACACAUUCCAAUAAGAAUUUACUCUGAUGAUGGAACAUGGAGUCAACACUUGAUUAGCCCUAAGAAUAAUGAUGGCAGCCGUAAAAUUGUGCAACAACUAAUAGCAGAGCUGUUUCCAGAUAAACCAGAUGUGAAAUUGAGAACACAUGGUAUUAUGAUACCAGCGGACACUCCACUCCAAUGGCUCUCUGAACAUUUAAGUUACCCUGACAAUUUCCUACAUGUAUGCUUAUGCUCAUAAUUUUCUAGAUUAUCAAUAUUUGCAUUGUCAAACUAUUUAUUUAAGCCUUGUAUAAAUGUAUUAUUAGAAACAUUUUUUAUGU